GUCAUAGAGCUUCCUACAAGAACGAAGAAACUUUAUGGCUCGCUUAAACCUCUUAGAAACGUAAGAACAUGCGCAAUGUAUCAUAAUUUGUGCAGUACGGCCAAAAGCUAGGAACGAGCCGCCGCAGUAGCUCUUGCGUUUUGCCACAUGGUUUGAGUCGCUCUAGUUUCCAAGGUAUGUUUGGUUUCGACCUGUGGUUUUGACAGCUACGCGUCAGCGAGAUCACUUGUUCGUUCAUGGUAUGGUGUACUUGUAGAACAACGCAAGUUGGUUCUUUAUUCUAUGACAAAAAAGGAAGCGUUGACUAGAAUAUCUAGUAGACUACAGUCAGCGCUUGUACUCUUGUUGCUUCGUGUAGGUGCUCUGUGGUCGGGUUGUGGCAAACACAUGGUUGUGGUCAGCGACAUCAUUUAGAUCAUUUUGAUGUUUUAUACUAGAGUAGGCUUUCAAAUCAGUAAUUCCUUUGUUUUUAUACACCGAAUCUAACCACCCGAUUCAUGGCCAUUCCCCCACUGUAGAUAUGCGCCACAACCACGCGGAUCAACAACUAUGCUAAAGAGGCUACCAGCUCGCUCGUGUCUAUAUAACAUCGUGCUUGUGAUUGUGACAAGGCACUAAACGAACAGUCCUCCAAGCGUGUCUUCUCUCUGAAAUAUGUGAUUUGGUGCCGGUUUCCGGUUGUGCUACCGGUGGCGUGUCGUCGUGCGCGAGUUUGCUCAAACAACCUUUCACGACUCGAGUGGCAAUACAACGACAGUCGCACCAUGCCAAAGGAAGACUCCGAACCUCCGCGCUGCGCCGUGUGCGGCCUCCGGCGCGCUCCGAACGCCGCGCUGCUCCCGUUCCCCGACCGGCAGUACUCGAAGCUGUACAGUGCCUGGCUCGACUUCGUGCGCCGCUGCCCCGGCAAGGGCAACUGGCAGCCCGACAGUCGCACGGGCUUCGUCUGCUCGUUGCACUUCACCUCCAACUGGCUCAGGCGCUCUAGGGGCUCCGCUCACCGCACCAAGCUGCUGCUCCUCAACCCGUGCGCGGUGCCCACGCUCUACCCGAGCCCGGAGCAACGCCGCCGCAUCGCCGAGGCCAACAACAGCAGCGCUGCGGCUGCACAGGUGGCUAAGGGGCCGAAUUUGCCGAGCUUCCCGUUCGUUCCUUCGAAUGCCAAGCACUACAAACCGGUAGGCACGCACGACCCGAAUCAGCUCUCGGUCGAUGAUGGUGAAGGCUACUCUGGCAUCUGGGACUGGAAGCCAGACAACUGCCUAACGAUUGACGGCUGCCACACAAAGCCGACAGACCUCCCCACGUUGCACCCGAGCAAGGUACAUGGCUUCAUUGCCGUCACCAAUAGCAGAAGCGCUGUGGAUGCCGAGGCACACUCCGAUUCCGAGGAAACUGUGGACAGCGCAGACAGCCCGGGUGCACAGAGUCUUCCAGAUACAGAGCAAUCAACGCAAAGUUUGCUGCCCGAGGCAUCCACACAGUGUGCCAUUAGCACAGCCACCAAGUUUACCUGGCGCACGGUCAGAAUCAUGUCGAGGUGGACACAGUAUGACGUGGAGAAAGUGUCCCAGGGCACACAGGCUUCUGGUCCAGACUUUGAUGAUGACGACGUGCUGAAGAUGCGACGUGGAGGUGUGUUCCGCAUUUUUGUUUUUGUACGACGCAUAGUUGGGACCCGACGUAUGCUGUCUGAGGGCGCAAAUGCAAUGGGGGGAGCCGCUUGGAAUACCAUGGGAGCCGCAGGAUUUUCCAGACCUCGGCAGGGUGUUCUGACUCGGCUUGCUGAGGACCUCGUGAAGGACGUGAAGAAGACGCUAAACUCAACAAAAAUGUCACGUGAAUGCCAAGUGAUGACAUCCAGCGACGAAUCCAGUGAUGACAGCGAGGAUGAAGAAACUACGUGCGAAUAUUGCUCGCUCAAGCAAGAUGGUUCGGGUGCCACAGUUGCGGGAAAUGCCGCCAGCGAAGCGUGUCACUGUAGCUCGUCUUCGGGCACGCGGGAGAGGGUCUAUAAGUGUGCCCUAUGCGCAUACAAGUGCAUAGACAAGGAACAUUUGGUGGUGCACAUGAGUCGGCACACCGCGUGUAGGCGGCCGUACAAGUGCGAAAAGUGCAGCUGCACCUUUUCGAGGCAAUCGCGCCUGAUGCUGCAUAUGCGUACCCACCAAGAACCGCGAGGCACAACCGACACAAGCCAGCAGGAAGAGUUCAAGUGCGACUCGUGCUCGGAAGCAUUCGCCAGCCUCGGCGAGCUGCUGGAGCACGUAAACAUCCACGAAAACCCGGUCAGGUGUCCGCUGUGCCCGCGCACGUUCACGGACGAAGCGCGCAUGAAGGCUCAUUUGUGCCAGCACACUGGCGAGAAGCCGUUUCAGUGCGAGACCUGCUCGCGCGGUUUCGAAAGCCACGUCCACCUCAUCCAGCACAUGGUCAACCACGAGAAGAGGUUCCAGUGCGCUGUCUGCCCUCGCGUAUUCAGCAGCAAGGCUGGCCUCCUGCACCACAUGCGACAGCACGCGGGCGAGAAGCCGUACAAGUGUCGGGCCUGCAUGCGCACGUUUGCCUACCAGGCGAGCCUCAAGAGGCACACGCGUCGCCACCAGAACGUCGUUCAGGCUGCCCGCCGGCUUGGUGUGACGGGCCAAGGAACGCGCACCGUCGGCCGGACAAAUUGCCCUUCGAGUGCCUGCGGACGUUCGUCAGACGUUUCGUCUGCAACCAAGUGACGGGACGGGAGAACCAGGGUGGCCAUAUGUGGGUCAGACAUUCCACAGUGAUAAAGUGUAUAGCCCAAUUAACGUCGGCACAUGGGCACAACAAUUAUAGAAUGAAUUGCUGCAUGUCUGUCAAUCGUUCCUUCUUAUCGUGUCCAGGUGUUGCGCUACACUUCAUCCCAAUUAAAAAAAAGACGGCAAAGCUUGCACUAGGCUGUGCAAAGCUCGAGACACAGCAAGCUGGCCGAUUGAUUGCGUCAUAACCUAAGAGAUACCUGGCAUAACCAAGAUCAACUCAGGCAUAGCCAAGGCCGAACCUACACUCUUGGCAAAUACCGGCUUAAAACAAUGCAUAUAGGGCAGAAAGUAGAUCAAAAUUUCGACGCUUAAAAAUGGCUCACUGUAAGCAGCCUACUGCAUAUGCGGCCUAUUUUAUGCGGCUCUUGCAUAUGCGGCCCGCAUUUAAACGGCCCAUAGUAGGGCUGCUUGGCAGACAGCACCCAUAACCCCAAAUUUUUAUGCGGUAUUUCACAUCGAAUCUGUCCGGCUUACUAAGGGGCUCAAAAUUAUGCGGCCCAAUGGGUAUUUUUUUUUAAUAAAAAAAUAAUUUAUUUAAGGACAGAUGCUGUGCAGAGUGCUUUUGCGCGCUGUUUCAUACACAUAGCAUAGAGCCAUCUUAUAGCAAAUUGAUAACACACAGCACACAAGCAUGGCAACACACAUCACACAAACAUAGGAACACUGGGAAUUGAACCCGGGUAUGCCGCGUGAGAACCCAACAUGCUAACUACUACACCACCUCACUACGCUGUCACGGAGGGCUCGCAUAGCUAUUUGUAGAUACAUUUGUGUUUCCGAGGCUGUCAUUUUAUGUCGAUCAUUCACCGUCGGCGAUCGUGCGUGGUAUACAUAUAGUUUGUGUAGCUGUUACCGAUGCUUAGGUGGUUGGUGAUAGUAGAUGUAUUUAAAUGAGUAGCAGUAUACGAAUAGCGCUUUCGACAGCUGUCAUGUGGGGUGGAAAGGCUAAACGGGGUAGGAUAAUGGAGCAUGGGAGCUGCACGAAAAGAAAAACUGCUUCGCCAAGCCAAUGUUGUUCUUCGGUGUUUUCUCUUUAUUCGCUAUGAUGCGGCUGCAGUCACUGUUUAGCCGGGAACUUGGCUUUGUCUGAGAAACUUUCAACCUCGUUCAGAAGGUUCAGUUAAAACUGAUUCGCGCUGUUGUGCUGCCUUGACGGUAUAACGGCAAUACGGCUCCGAUAUUCUAAGACGUCGAAUAAGCGGGUGGGAUUCUACCGGCCCGUCUAAGUUUGUUGAACCGACAAAUAUUUCCAUUCACCUCCGCUGGCCUCAACAGGGCUGCCCUGUCCGACAGACUUGCAUAUAUAGCUUUUGGGACUAUCAAGAAGAAUGUUCUCGGAACCGAUCCUAUUAUGCUGCUCCGUUGUAGUUAAUGAUUCAGUGUUUAUUUUGAAGCAGCAAGGCGUGUCGGUAUCUCUGCCCGUGAGCCUACCAUAACAGCAUUGAAAAUAUCAGUAGCUUCUCUGCUUUGCACACGCUAGCUUGUUUUCACCUCUUCACCUGAUCUUUGUGGGUGCCCCAUGCUGCGUGUCUUGCACGGUACAGAAUUGGCCGCAGUACCAAAAGUAUGCGUUUCGGGCGGCGCACGCAGACGAAGUGCGAACGUGAGCUCAACGUAAACAUGUCGUCGUCAUUAUUCCGUUGCGAUUAUUGGUGCAAAAGCAUCAAAUGGCCCAUUGAGCAAAAAGGCCGGCGUCUGUCGUCCCGGCGAAAUGGCAUCUAAAUUCUCAUUGGCUGGAACGCCACGUCACAAACGCCCCUCGACGAAGUAGAGUGGGCGAAAGGGAGCAUCUGUUCUAGCGCUAGCGCCAGGUAUUGCGGGAGGGGAGAGGGCAUCGCCGCAACGCCACGUCAUCCUCACUCUCACAAGCCAGCGCGCGGUCCAUAUCUCGAUCUCUUUCUCACCCUCACUGGGCUUAGCUGCUGCGCGCGCCUGCUGGCCUUGAUGAUCGCUGCUGCUUCCUCGGUCUCUCGACACGCAGGACGUUGGUGGCGUGCAGCAUUGGCAUCACAGGCUGCUGCUGCUUGCUGGCUCGAGCAGCACAUACCAUAUGGUACAUUACUCGCAGGGCAAAAUUCGAAGGACAGCUCAGUGACGUUCAAUUGGACAUUAAUGCUUUCGCAAUCACAACUUGUGUAAGAAGUGCUUAGUUGUCCUCGAACGCGUCAUCGUUCACUGUCACCGAUCACUGUCUUCACUCUGUGGGCGGCAUUGUGUUGUCAUUCGUCGUAAUGUAACGCCGUCGACACAGCCUUCAUGCCGUGUCGUAGAUCACGCAGUCGUCGUCAUGCAUGCAGUCGUCAUCCCACGGUCAUUAUGCCUCAGUCGUCGUGACUCCAGAAUUGGGAUCCCAUCGUCGAUCAUGCCAUUAUUGUCACACUGGCAUCAUCAUACUGUAGUCGGCAUCUGACAGAUCAAUUACCCAGAUCAGCAUUCCCUUUUAAGCUUCUAGAACAGAUUGCAUGUGGUGACGUACCGCAGUAAUAUUGUAAGAGACACUCGGGCAGAGUAAUUGCUGGCCUUGAUCACCAGGCCAAGCCUCCCUGCUGCUACAACCCACCACCACCUCACUUAUUUUAAAUUCCGCAGUAAUCCUUAAUUGAGUCACAAACUUCUUCAGCAAAUGUCAACAUGGUUGCCAUAAGCACCUUCUCUCUCAUGCAAAACACAACUACUAUUGUCAUGUUCACUAACUUUAUCUCCACUCUUGAACUUGGUUCUUGCGUUGAAUGUAUCCUUUUUGCUUUUGGACGUCUGAUACUUUGUGCCACUGACUCCUCCUGAAGUUAAGCGAAAUUAACAUUGAUCCACAUGCACUUACUAAAAUGCACUGAAUGCUUUCUUCUUGACCAAGCACAAUUUGUAUAUGUUUACUACUCCAAUUCACAAAUCUUUCUUUUAUAACUUCUGGCAUGCCAUUAUGCUGAUUGUUUAGGCCCCUGCUUUUUCUUAUUUUAGACCUCCCAAACAACUUAACAUCUACCAUUUAUUAAGCUUUCUGUUGAUGACUGUGUGUUUUUUCGUGAAACAACCAAACCCUGGCAGUUCCAUUUCACUUCUAACAGAAUCUCUUUUUAACUAGUGAUGACUCUCUCGGGAAGUGUCAUCACUAGUCAAAAACGUAACAUCAGCAAAGGUAAAAUGAAGAGAUUUUCACAUUAUAGCUAGUGCUUUUAGUACAUUUACCCACAUAAGUAACAACUCUGCUCUAAGUCUGUCACCUUGUACAUAGGUAUUCACAUUACUAAUAAUGUCACCAGGCAAAUGCACAUCAAUUGCACACCGAACACUUGGAUUUUUGUGUUGCAAGUUUCUUGGGCUCCUGCUACCCUUAAAAUUAUGCUAUGUGAAAUGCUUGCAAGAUUAAAAAUGGUGUAUGCUUCAUCAAUAUGGAAUAUACAUACAAAAAACACAACUCUCAUAUUUACUUGAAGCCAUACACAUCCAACCAGUAAAUUUUAUUGUAGCUGCUUAUUCCCGUACUGCAAGCAUAUCAGCAAUUAAAACUUGCCUUGAUCGGCCAGACUUGCCAACAAGAAAACUUACCCAUUUAUUUCACAUAUUAUGAAUUGAAAUUUAAUCUGUUUUUAUUGCCUCCUUGUAUCUCAUUGAGAAUGAAUCACCACCUAAAGGUACAGCUAGUGCCAACUUGCCAAAUCAAUCUUUACUUUUCCUGUCAAAGACACCCUCAGAAUAUACAUCUGCACUACACUCAAUAAGACGGAAAAUUGGGCAAGUUGGUGAAGCUUCAUGGUAGCUAUAUACAGCGGGACAAGCAUGGACAAAAGGAAUAGAAGGGGACACAGUACAACGCUGCAUGACUGACAACUGAAGUUUAUUGGAAGAAAACAACCA